UGCCUAUACAUACAUAUAAACAUAAUCAUAGUGUAUUACUCACCCUGAAAAUUAUAUUUUUACCUGUAUUGUUUACUGUAGUUGUCAAGUGAUUUCCUACAAUAAGUAAUAUAUAUAGAACUUGACAAAUUUUACUAAUAUACAAAAAUAAGAAAUAUUGAAAUUUACCAAACAAUGAAAGUAUAGAUCUAUAUAUAUAUGUACAAGUACUGAAUAGAAUAUAAAUUUUUAUUUACUUGUGACUAAAAAAGCUUAUAAAAUGACAUUAGAAGAUGUACAAAAUGCAGCAAGAAAAGCAGUACAGUUCGAUAGUAACAGUCAAUACAAACAAGCUUUAUAUUAUUAUAACAUUGCUGUGAAAUACCUUACUGAGUUGCAAGAUCCUGUGUAUGAUCAGAAACUUUCAGAAUAUCAGGAAAGAAUAUCAGUAAUAGAGAAACUUAUUAGUGAAGAAGAGCAGAAAUCUUGUAAAGCUCAGUCUGUACAUCAGUCAGAGUUGCAAAGAUGCAAAUUUCUUAUAAAUCAAGCACAAGAUGCGGAUGAAGCUGGUUUGAAAGAUAUUGCUGUAAAAUUAUAUACAGAUGCUGCUGAAUUUGGACUUAGUGUAAAAACUACUGAUUCAGAAGCUAAAGGAAAAUUAACUGCUCUUGUAAGACUUGCUCUUGAUAGAGCUGAAUCUUUAAAGGGUGUGAAAAAACAAGAGAAUGUUGAUAUUAUUGAAACACUUUCUAAAUUACCACCAGUGCCAGAAACAAGUUUGGAUGAAGAUGUGGAUAAAAUCCCAUCGCUACCAACAACAAGACCUAUUUUAAAUUCUGGGAAACAAACUCGACCACCGCUUCAUCGUGGUAGCAGUAUGCAUUUAAAAGUAAGCGGCGGUAGUAGUAAUUACACAGAGGAAGAGAAAAGGGUUUUACUUCAUAGUUCUCAUAUCAACGAUCAUGAAUUCGUACCCUUUAUGAGUAUUGAUCUUACAGAAAAAUUUCAGUAUGCCAUUCCAUUUACUGAUAGAGACGGUUUGUUAGAAUUAGCACCAAAACAGAAACCUGAUUUUGCAAGAUGGUGCCGACCAGAAGAACUGUUUUCUGAUCCGAAAAUGCUUAAAGGUCCUCAUGUCGAUUACUAUAGUAUAAAGCAAACUGUUGUUUCUGAUUGCUCCUUUGUUGCUUCACUCGCUGUUAGUGCUCAAUAUGAAAAAAGAUUUGGACGUAGACUUAUCACGUCUAUUAUUUAUCCGAAAAAUAGAAAUAAAGAACCAAUUUAUAAUCCAUUUGGAAAAUAUAUGGUGAAACUACACAUUAAUGGCAUACCGCGAAAAGUUAUAAUAGAUGACUUACUUCCUGUAAGUCGUUACAACCAAUUACUUUGUUCCUACUCCAGCAAUCAGGGAGAGCUGUGGAUCUCAUUACUGGAGAAAGCAUACAUGAAAGUAAUGGGUGGUUAUGAUUUUCCUGGCUCAAAUAGUAAUAUAGAUUUACAUGCUCUAACUGGAUGGAUACCAGAGAGGUGGGCUAUAAGACCAGGUGAACCAGAUUUUAAUAAAGACAAUUUGUAUAAUGUUUUAUUAUCACGUUUACAUAAAGGAGAUGUACUAGUGACAGUGGCUACUGGAGAACUAUCUGAUUUAGACGCUGAUAGAACAGGUCUUGUACCUACUCAUGCAUAUGCUGUUCUUAAUGUUAGAAACAUAAAUGGAGAAAGAUUGUUACAACUGAAAAAUCCUUGGUCUCAUUUACGUUGGAAAGGAAAUUAUUCAGAGCUUGAUACCAUGCAUUGGACGAACGAAUUAAAAGAAGCAUUAAAUUAUGACCCAGAUUCUGCGUCUCAAUUUGAUAACGGAGUAUUCUGGAUUGAUUAUGAUAGCAUAUGUCGCUUCUUUGACGUGUUUUACUUAAACUGGAACCCAGGUUUAUUUAAUUACACUUAUUGUAUUCACCAGAUGUGGAAUGCAGGAAUAGGCCCGGUAAAAGAUGCAUACAAUAUAGGUGACAAUCCUCAGUUUAGUUUAGAGGUGCAAAAUAAUGUAACAGGGGUCAUAUGGAUUCUUUUAACGAGACAUAUUACGGAUAUAGCAGAUUUCCGACAGAACCAAGAAUAUAUUACAAUAUUAGUGUAUAAAAAUGAUGGAAGAAGAGUAUAUUAUCCUCAUGAUCCACCACCGUACAUUGAUGGUGUACGAAUAAAUAGUCCUCACUACCUCUGUAAAAUAAAGCUAGACGGGAAUAGUGAUUCUAGAUACGCUCUAGUCAUAUCGCAAUAUGAAAAGACAAAUACGAUAUAUUACACUUUACGCGCUUACGGCACAUGUCCAUUUACAUUACGAAAAAUGCCACAAUUAUACAAAUACGAAAAAGAGAUCACUGAUGGCCAGUGGAAAGGUGUUUCAGCUGGUGGAUGCAGCAAUCAUCCAACAUAUCAAAACAAUCCACGUUACCAAUUAGUAUUAGAAAGUUCAAACAAUAAUAAUUAUUUGUUGAUUAUAUUAAAAGGUCCCAAACAGUAUCAAAUAGGUUUUGAUAUUGUUUCGGUUGUAUUAAAUGAUCCUGACGCACCCAGCGCGUUCAAAAUGAAAAGUUCAGGACCAUUCAGGUCGGGCUUUGUUUAUCUUGAAUUAGAAGAUGUACCUGCUGGUACAUAUCAUGUUACACCAUCAACAUACAUCCCUGGGCAAGAAGGACCUUUUUUCUUAAUUUGCAAAUCAUCUUGCAAACUACAGCUUCAAAGGUUACAGUAAGAACAUUAAUUAUAACAUAAUUUACUUUUUUAUAUAUAAAUGCAUAUUACAUAGUCAUUCGUUUAUACGCAUCAAGUGUGAUAUACAAAAAGGAGCUAUAAAAUAUUUAUAUUUACUGUUACAAAAUUAUAAAUAAAUGUUGCUAAUACUAAAUUAUUUAAAAAUGUUACAAUGCCAAAAUGUAUGUUAAUAUCAUAAACAGUGAAAUGUUUAUUUUUUUUUAAUAUGCGAACUAAAGAACAUUGGAAAAAUAAUUAAAUAAGGUAUUAUAAAAUGCUUUUAUUAUAUUUUCAAAGUACAAAUUAGACUAGACAACUACUGACUGGAUUAUGAAGAUUUGUGGCACUUUAUUUAUGUUCAAUAUUUGUUUGAUAUUAUGUUUGGCACGUAUGCAGCUCAAUUUCGAUGAGUAUAAUUUUCUAAAUAUCUUUUUAUCGGCUAAUUAAUGUUUUUUUGUACUAUUCGUAUGUACGCAGUACGGAAAAAUAUGAACGUCGUUUUGAUAAAAUAAUGUGUUUUUAAUCAUCUGUAUGUGAAUGUGAAGAAAACGCAUCAAAUGGUGUUAAUCGUAAGUAUUAUUGCAUUACCAUAUUUCUUUUUUAUCUACUUAAUAGAAACUAUGUUCUACAAUAUUAAUUCUGUUUUUUUCCAAAUUUUUUUACUAUAAUUUUGGCUAACACAUUUUCAAUUUUGUUAAAAAUGUGUAUAGUAAUUUAUAUCCUAAAGAUGUCAUAACUUAAUAACAAUUGUAUUGUGUAAUUAAUACUUAUAUUCUGAUUUUUAAAUAUGCUAUUUCGUAUUUUGAUAUUCAUUAGUUAUGGAAUUCGUUAACAUCUGUCAAUAGUGGCUUACAAAUAAUUAUAAACUAAUAAUUAUUGUUAAUUGUAAUAUUUCUCGUUAACCUAACGAUAACUAUAAAUAAAUAAUCGUGUAAUUUAUAUGAAAUCAUGGGUUGUGAAACAGAAAUUGAGUAGAACAUGAAUGUAUUUACAGAACUGCGGACAGAUAAAUUAUAAAAAGAAUUAUGGACAAUUAUACAAAAAAUGUACACAAUGAAUAAACACAAUAGUAUUAAU